AUAAAGAAGGCAGGCCACAAUAGCCGCAAUAUUCACCUCCACCGCCCUUCAUCGAGAGCCGAUACGGUGAUUCUAUCGCCUUACAUCUCUUCUCCGAUCGCUGCUGAGAUUCCUCUCCCGGUCAAUUGAAUGGGGAAAAACGAAUUUUUGACCCCGAAAGCGAUUGCGAACCGGAUCAAGGCGAAAGGCCUCCAAAAGCUUCGAUGGUACUGCCAGAUGUGCCAGAAGCAAUGCCGAGACGAGAACGGGUUCAAGUGCCACUGCAUGAGCGAGAGUCACCAGCGCCAGAUGCAGAUAUUCGGUCAGAAUCCGAACCGGAUCGUGGAUGGAUACUCCGAGGAGUUCGAGCAAUCCUUUCUUGACCUAAUGCGUUGCUCCCAUCGUUUCAGCCGUGUGGCUGCAACCGUCGUCUACAACGAGUACAUCCAUGAUCGCAACCAUGUCCACAUGAACUCCACCCAGUGGGCCACCCUAACCGAGUUCGUCAAGUACCUCGGCCGCACCGGCAAGUGCAAGGUCGAUGAGACCCCCAAAGGUUGGUUCAUCUCCUACAUUGAUUGCGAUUCGGAGACAAUUUUCAAGGAGAAGAUGAAGAACAAGAGGGCUAGAGCGGAUAUUGUGGAGGAGGAAAAGCACGAGAGGGAGAUAAAGAAGCAGAUUGAGAAAGUAGAGCAGAUGAUGCCCAUGAACAAUAGCAACCAAGAGGAUGAGCCUAGAAUACAAGUUAAGUUAGAAAGUGGAGCCAAGAUUGGAUUUUCGCUUGGGGCAUCAGCAAAGAAUGGUAAAGAGGGCGGUAAAGGAAAAGGAGAGAACUUUGGUAAAUUGGGUUUUGAAGAAAUUGAGGAUAAUGAGAAGGAAAAGAAAAGGAGGAAGGAGGAGAAAUCUGGAGGGAUGUCUGCAUUGGAGGAGUUGAUGAAAGAGGAAGAGAAGGCGAAGGAGAGGAGCAAUAGGAAGGAUUAUUGGUUGUGUGAAGGAAUUGUUGUGAAGGUGAUGAGCAAAGCAUUGGCAGAGAAGGGUUACUAUAAACAGAAGGGAGUUGUGCGGAAAGUGAUUGAUAAAUAUGUUGGGGAGAUUGAGAUGUUGGAAAGCAAGCAUAUCUUGAGGGUUGAUCAGCUGGAACUGGAGACUGUGAUUCCACAGAUUGGAGGGCUUGUGAGGAUGGUGAAUGGGGCAUACCGUGGGUCAAUUGCAAAGUUGCUUGGAGUAGAUACAGAGAAUUUCUGUGCUAAGCUGCAGAUUGAGAAGGGUAUCUAUGAUGGGAGAGUGCUUAAGGCAGUCGAGUACGAGGAUAUUUGCAAAAUUGCCCAGUGAGAAGGUUGAUGUUGGUAACACAUAUGUACUUAUAAUUGCGCAAUAUGGUUUUUUGUUUUCAAUAAUUUGAUCUUUAAAACGUAAUUGCUAUCUGGGAUGCUUGAUACUUAUAUCAUUCCGCAUUCUUCCAUGUUGAUGGCUGAUUUACAAAUUGUUUACUUUAGCUCUAGAGUAUUAGAAGUUUGCCUUGUGAAUCUGAGCUUUUUGUCAAUGUCUUCAACUUCAAGAAAUGCAAUGUUAAUCAAGGAUUUUGCAUAUGAAAUCAAAUGUGGUAAUUGAAUCAAGUUUUUGUGUGUA